GAUGAAAAAAUAAAUAUUACAAAAAGCCUGAACUGAUAGUGGGAGUUGCUUAAAUCAGAAUCUGGCUGUUAACUUGGUUUCAUAUCCCCCCCUUUUUUUAAAGAUUGACAUAAUUUGAAAUGAAAAUCUUAUUCUUUUCAACAUAUUCUUUUGUCAUAGUUGUUUAAAAUGAAACCCAGUAUGCUGACUUAAAUAUAGCAAGUUCUUCUGAAACCAGUGGCUUGCAAAUGCUUCCAAGUUUAACACUGUUUUCUUUCUAAAGCAAUGAUUCAUAUGUCACCACAGUAAACUGCAGUACAGAGGUUGUAAUAGCUGUGGCAACAGCUUUAAAAAUGCAAUCAUGUAGAAAAAAGACAAGACUUUCUCAUAAUCCUUUACUAGUCACUCAAUAGAUAAACCUGACUAAAAGAUCUGUGGGAUUUCAUCUUGAGUUGUUCGAAAAAAGAUAAUUUUGUGAUACAUCACAUGCAACAGAACACCUAAAAUAUAGAAUUUCUACUGAAACAAAACAAAACAAAACAAAACCCAAACAGAAAUCUAAAUGAUUAAGAAAUAACUAUAAAUGUAUUUUGCAUAUCAGAUCAUUGUGCAUCAAACUCUAUUAGCUCUUCAAUGUAAAUUUCUUUUUAUAAAGAUUUGGUGUAACAAAUGGCAAAAAAAGUUUGUCACUUUGACACAUUUUCUGAGAAGGCAAUGUUCCUCUUGAGGUUUGAGACUUCCUUUUGUUGUAUUUAUACAUUGAGUGCUUGAGUUGUGCGUUACAGAGACCACGCCAGGGCUGCCAGUAACAAUUUAAACAAAGGAGUCCGAUCUCAGCAGUAAGAAGAAAAACCAGCCUUUGCUUGCAUAAUGAUUUCUAACCCGAGCACAAAUACCACCACUGGACAACCAAACCUCACAUCCAACAUGACUUCAAUAAAUUAUUUCACCAUUUCUCUCCAUGGACUCGUCUCUACAAUUGGCAUCCUGGAAAACCUUCUAAUCCUUGGAGUGGUGGGGUUCUGUGUUAAGCGUUCUAUUAUCAGCAUCUGGAUCCUGAACCUUGCAGCCUCUGAUCUGUUGGCCACGGCUUCCCUGCCCUUCUUUACCCUCUACAUGGCCCGUGGUAACACCUGGACAUUGGGUGCAACCUUCUGCCGCAUCCAUUCCUCCAUUUUUUUUCUCAACAUGUUUGUGAGUGCCUUCCUCUUGGCAGCCAUUUCUUUGGACCGCUGCCUGGUGGUGCUAAAACCUGUCUGGGCCCAGAACCACAGAAGCAUCAAACUAGUGGGGAAGAUAUGUGGAGGAAUUUGGGCCUUCGCUGUAAUCUGCAUUAUCCCCUUUUACAUGUUCCGUGACACAAUUCCCGUAAAAAAAAGCAAGAUUCUCUGUUACUACAAUUAUUAUAAAUUUCUCCCUAGUGGGCAAUACGAUAAGGAAGCUUUGGUCAAACAGCGGAAAGAGGGUUUGGCUUUUAUGAAGUUCUUUCUAGCCUUCCUGAUUCCUCUCCUAAUCAUCAUCUGUAGCUAUGCAGCUGUGAAUGUCAGCUUGGCACGCAGAGGCUGUCGGAGGCCUUUCCAUUUUGUUCGACUGGUAAUAGCUGUAGUUGUGACCUUUUUUCUCUGCUGGGCUCCAUACCACAUCUUCAUCAUCAUGGAGGUAAUGACCCCCAGUGAAAAUCCUGCACAUAAGUUUGCAACCAAGAGUCUUCCAAUUUCAGCAACUAUUGGCUUCCUUAACAGUGUCCUCAACCCCAUCCUGUAUGUGUUCAGCUGCCCUGACUUGUGCCAUAAGAUCAGACACUCUCUUGGAGCAGUGAUGGAAAGUGUACUGGCUGAAGAUCUGGUAGAGCUAGCCAGGCGUCGCAGCACCAUGCGGCACUCCAUCAGUUUGCAAUGAAGCCGAAGCGAUCCAUUCCAACUUCCACCUCUCUAAAUACGGAGGGGCAGGCUGAAAGGCUCAGUAAUAUGAACUGAAACAACCUAUUUAUAUCCAUAGUGUAGCAAUAGUGUAGCUGGUAUGUGAAGAAAACUUGAUUUGUCCUCUGUCAUUUUGCUGUGUCAUGCUAUGUGAUAAUGUGACAAGAAACUCCAUUUCCCUGAUAUGCUCCACUUAGAAUUUAAAGUUGAUGUUUUUUCUAGGGCCUGUUUUUGUCCCCUCUUCCCUUUUUAAUGUUAAUGUUUAUAAGUUUAUUUUAAACUACUUUAGAUGUGUUUCAGAGUCAUUCCUUCUUCUAGUAAGCUUUACAUUUGGGAUUUUUAUUUCUUGUUUGUUUGUGCUGGUCACACUCUCAGAUGAGCAUUACCAGAAAAAGAAGCUUUGUUUUAAGAGUUUAGGCUCUUUAAAUGCCUUAACUCUUCUACAAUGUGCUUGAUUAACAUAUUUUCCUGCAUGAAUUGUUUUAUUUUCAACAAAGCAGCUAGAGCAGCCUAAACCAUACUGUAUAUAACGAACAUUUUUACUGUGAUAGUGCUAAAGAGCAAACAGCAUUAAGGGUGGAACAUACAUUGAUUUCAGUUUCACACUUGGCAAGAUGAGCUGUAGGUCUCAGAUGAAGGAUGUUUCUCAUGCUAGAUAUUAUCAGGAGGUGCAGGUGCUGACACAAGCAACAUUUUUGCAGGUACAAAGUGCUCUUAUGUAAAUGAAUGUACUCAUAAAGCUUUGUGUAUAUGAUAUUACUCAAAAUCUG